AUAAAACAAUAAUGGCGGCACCACCAACAUCCGUUAUUUCGUCUUACCAUUGUUGCCACACCUUUUUGAUAUUCGAGAAGAACAACAAUUCACAAUGGUCACAUUUAGAUUAGUGUUUGUAGAGUGCACUGUUAAUUAAUUGGUUAGAACGAUGGCUUCCUUAGUUGCGGAUUACGGAACUUCGUCGGGUUCAGACAGUGAUGGUGAUGACGUAUCGGAUGAUGCUGAUAACAGUUUCAAGGGGGAAGAGGAAGAAGAUGAGGAAGAUGAUGAACCUGGUGAAAAUAAUGAUGACACACAAACUGAAACUGCUUCCAAAGAAAAACUUCCAUUACCUACACCUGAUUUUAAUGGCACACCCACCUUGAAAACUUCCGUCUUCUCUAAUCCAUUUGUUGAAGCUGAAAAAGCUAAAAGUGCUAUACUUGAGAAACAUGUAAAAAUGACUCCAACAUUAGAUGAUACUAAAAUGAUAAAUGGUAGAAAAAUUUGUUGGAACUAUAGGAAAGGUAGAUGUCGAUUUGGUCAUAAUUGUACUUUUGCCCACGACUCAGACUUGCAUAGAACAGCGGCUGAGUUAGAAGCCAUACGAGCUCCACAAGAAACAAUUAUUUGUCAAACUCAAUAUAAUGGUCAACUUUCCAUAAAUGAUGAAAAUGAUGUCGAUCAAGAGAACAAUCAUACGAAUAAACGUAAAAAAAGACCAGGACUAAGUCAGUCUUUAAUUCCUAGUAAAAAGGUUUUAAAAAUGUACAAAGCCCAACAAACUAAAGCUAUUAGUAGAUAAAUAAAAAGCAGUAAUAGUACUUUAAAGUUUAUAUAGUAGUAUACAUAAAGACAAUGAAGACUAUUAUUGUCAUUUGCUUUUAAAAAAGAAAAAAUAUUAGUCCUUCCAAUAUUUAGUUAUAAAUACAAUUUUAUAAUUCCACUAAACUCAGUUCACAAUUGUAUGGAGGAAGCUACUUUAAACAUAAUAUUUGGGAGAACUAUUGAUAUUUUAAUAUUUUCUUCCAUAUACGGCAAUUUUUAUAAAUUUUAAUGACUUUUACAUUAAAAAAAAAUAAAUAAAUAAAUAAUAAUAAUAAUAAUAAUAAUAAAAAAGAAAGAAAAAAAGAAAAAAAAAUAUUUAUGGAAUUAAAUGUAAAUCUAAGAUAACUUGCAAACAAUGCUUCCAGCAGAGUGCUAAUUAUUAAUUCAUAUUAUAUAUACUUUUCAAAUAAUGAAAAGCUUUAGUAUUCUUAGAUAGUACCUGGUAUAUAUCUCUAUGGAACAGGUUGCAAUGUACAAAGUUUAGAUAUUAUUUAUAGAUUUAAUACUUUUUAUGUGCUUAAAAAAAGAUUGAUUAGUAAGAAUCAUGUAUUUAACAAGCCGUUUUUGCAGAAAUGUUAUCCAAUUGUAAUUGAGAAAUAUUCGGAGACAUAUUACAAUGGAUAUAGUAUAUCUUC